GUGUGAGCUAGUGGGAGAUAAGUUGGAGAUAUUAACAAUAGCGUUCGUGCUAGUAGAUAUACCACCAUUCAAUAUUCAGCGCUUGUAUCGCCACAAUCAGUAUGACCAUGAUAUUGGUAGCCAUGAGACCUAAACAAUUAGUAUGCGUAUCCAUGUGUUCUAGAGGGAACAAAAAGGAAAUUUGUGUUGUUCAUAAGUAUGACAACUUGUUAGCUAAACAUGCUUGGAGGUGCUUUGUUGAAGUUGUCCUAGUUGUACAGAUUAGAAAACUAGGAUGGGUGGAAAGAUAUACUAUAAUCGUGACGGAGUCGGGGACUGGGUGCACAAUGCACAUGCACCGCUACUAGGGAUGCUGUACAAGUUGAGACUCGUGACCAGUAGAUCUGUCGUCUUUUGUAUACAAGCCAGGACUCCUGAAUUGGGACUUCUCAAAUUUAAACUUAAUUACAUAAGUGCUGCUUUUUCGUACGCGUCGACUGGGGUCCAGGGGAGUGCGAUUCUGUGUGAAUCGUUGAGACAGUCAUCAGCUUGUUCAUAUAAUAUGGGUGCUCAGCGUAGCUUUUCAAUUUGUAAUUUUCGCUCUUGUGUGUCUUGGUCCAGUUACAUCAGGUCAUGUAACGGAGAUUCAGAGUAUCAUAGGCUUCAGGCCUCGUGUCCUGGGCGUCUAAUGAUGUUGAGCUGUGCAGAAGUAGAAAAAGACCCGGUACCUCUGGAACUUAGAUCAAGACACCUACAAGCAAGUUGUUUUCAACACCAUCCACCCCGGAAAGAAUGAUGGAAGUGGAACACCCCGCCAUUCGAAUCACCACGCCCAGUCAAAUAUUUCAAGGUCAUAAAGAUACUAUUUGGGAAGCGGCAGUCUUUCCCGAUAGACGCCGUAUGGUGACGGGCUCGUACGACAAGACGCUUCGUCUGUGGGACUUAAAAGACGGUGUUGCAUUGAAGAUAAUGGAGGGCAUCGUUCCGGCAUACAAGAAGUUGCAGUAUCAAGAGACGGGCAAUUCAUGGCAAGCGGUG